CGCGACAGCACGAGAGCGAUCGUCAUAACUAUCCACCUUAUUUAUUCGGAUAUCUCUCCCGUCAGUCGUCUACAUUCACAAACCCCAAAUUGCUGGUAUUGGGAUCUGGGUAUUCAUUUUCAAAGUUUUACAAAGCCGUCCUAUCUUACGACAACUUCUGGAACCUCAGGAUACAUAAGCCCUGAACAACUACAGCGCGACAGUGAGCACGUGAGGAUCCUUAAGCCCUUGGUACGCAUUGGCGACGUCACUGUGAAGGCUGUCUCCCAAAAUGGAAGCUACAAAGCCAGAACGAUCGCUCGCAGAAGACAUCAAGAAGCACCCUGCCUUUCCUACAGCAGUAUGGAAUCUAGUGCCCGAUCGGCAGGGCCUAUUGCCUGUAGCAGCAAACCGAGGUGGGCCAAUUGAUAUCUCAUGGGAAGUUCAUGGCGAAGGCCCAAUCAAGGUUCUCUGGAUAUGCGGACUCGGCUUCUUGAAGGGCUCCUACCAGCGCCAGACCAUGCACUUUGGCCACUAUCAUGCCGACCGUUACUCCAUUCUACUUGUUGACAACCGAGGCAUGGGCGGCUCCGGCAAGCCUUUGGUGCGGUAUUCUACAUCAGAGAUGGCGCAGGAUAUAGUUGAGGUGCUCGAUCAUGUCGGCUGGACGUCGAAACGAGAAGUCAACGUCUGCGGCCUCUCUAUGGGCGGCAUGAUUGCGCAAGAACUGGGCGUAUUAAUCCCGGACCGUAUCGCGACUCUGAAUCUACUUUGUACGGCCGCUGCAAUCGAAAACACUACAACAUUUAGUGAAAACAUGAUGAACCGCAUCACAAUGCUGCUGCCAAAGUCGCUUGACCGGACGAUAGAGUAUGCAGCGUCAAAAAUCUUCGCCCAGGACUUCUUGAACCAACCUGACACUUCGGAGCCCCCCACAGCAUCGACUCCGAAAGUGAAAAUGCCACCAAAUGGGGAGUACCUGAAGUUCAAGACCAACUUCGACCGCUUUGCGGCACAAGAGAUCACCAAGCAGAUGGAUAAGGAGGGCUUCACGAGAAAGGGAUUCCUGCUGCAGCUCAUCGCUUGUGGCUGGCACCAUAAGAGUCCAGCACAGCUUAAAGAUAUGGCUGACAAGGUUGGCCGCGAACGCAUCCUGGUCUUGCAUGGAACACAAGAUGGCAUGAUUUCACUCCCUCAUGGAAAGAAGCUGAUUGAGUACAUCCAGCCCGAUGCUGGCAUCAUCGUAGAAGGUAUGGGGCAUGCAUCCGUUAUGGAAAGAACUGAAUGGCUUGCCAAGACAUUAGAGGAGCGUUUCGCAGUAGCCGAGAAGCUCGGUGGAGGCGCAUGAGCAUAGUCCGCUAUAGAGAUCAUGCAAUCUUCUCAUAAGAUUACUUAGAUAGACCUGCACCUCAUAGUUCUGUCCUCAGUUCCUUGCUUCAACUGCAGUCAUAAAUGUCACAUGCUC